GGCCUCGCGGCAAGACAAAAAAUCUCACCACUCCGCAGCAGUUCAACCGCGGCGAGCUCCCUCCAAUCCCGAGCUCGCUGCCCGCCAAUGGCCGCCGCGCCGGUGGCCGCACCCUCCUCCAUCGCCGCCCCCGCCUCCGCCGCGCGCCGUCACAGCCACCCCGCCAGCCGCGCGCUCCCGCCGGCCGCGUCCGCGGCCCGCGAGCCGCCGCGCGCCUGGGGUGCGGUCGGCGCGGAGGAGAGGACGCGGCGAGGGAAGGAGGCGGAGGCGGAGGAUGAGGAGGUAGAGAGGCGGCGGAAGGAGGAUGUGAACAGGAAGAUCGCGUCCCGGAAGGCGCUCUCCGUCAUCCUCCGGCGCGAAGCCACCAAGGCCGUCCUCGACAAGCGCAAGCCCGGCAAGGGCACCCGCCUCCUCCUCCCCCGCACCGUCCUCGAUGCCCUCCACGAACGCGUCGCAGCCCUCCGUUGGGACUCCGCCCUCAAGGUGUUCGAGCUAAUGCGGGACCAGGUGUGGUACAGACCACACGUAGGCAUCUUCAUCAAGCUCAUCACCAUGCUCGGCAAGUGCAAGCAGCCGGAGAAGGCGCACGAGCUCUUCCAGGCCAUGCUCGACGAGGGAUGUGCCCCCAACCUCGAGUCCUACACGGCCCUCGUCUCCGCGUACAGCAGGAGCGGCCGCUUCGUCGAGGCGUUCUCAUUGCUUGAUCGGAUGAAGGCCACCCCUGGCUGCCGGCCCGACGUCCAGACCUACUCGAUUCUCAUCAUGUCCUGCUUGCACGCCUAUGACUUUGAGAAGGUGAAGUCACUGCUAGCGGAUAUGGCGCGUGCGGGUAUCCGCCCCAACACCGUGACAUAUAAUACAUUAAUUGGUGCUUAUGGGAAAGCAGGAAGGUUUGCUGAGAUGGAAUCAACUCUUCUGAAGAUGUUGUCAGAAAAUUGCAAGCCUGACGUAUGGACAAUGAAUUCUACUCUCAGAGCUUUUGGCAGCAGUGGUCAGAUUGAGACUAUGGAAAGCUGCUAUGAGAAGUUUCAGGCCUCUGGUAUCUCCCCAAACAUUAAGACCUACAAUAUUUUACUCGAUUCCUAUGGUAAAACCAAAAUGUAUGAAAAGAUGGGAGCUGUGAUGGAGUACAUGCAGAAGUAUUACUACUCUUGGACAAUAGUCACUUACAAUGUAGUUAUUGAUGCAUUUGGAAGGGCUGGAGACCUUGAACAGAUGGAAUAUAUAUUUAGACUAAUGAAAUCUGAGCGUAUAAAGCCUGAUUGUGUUACACUCUGUUCAUUGGUUAGAGCAUAUGGAAGAGCUGGGGAAGUUAAGAAAAUAAAGACUGUGUUGAGACUCGUUGAGAAUUCGGACGUAACAUUGGAUAUCGUAUUCUUCAACUGUUUGGUGGAUGCAUAUGGGAGGGUGGGGUGCUUGGCAGAGAUGUGGGAUGUUCUUAAUUUGAUGAAAGCACGGAAAUGCAAACCAGACAAAGUAACAUGCACUACCAUGAUCAAAUGGUUUCUCAUCAAAGGAAUUGAUGAUCGUCGUGUUCAGUACCUGCGUGACCUCAAAGAUGGGCGAUGCACAGAUGAUAUGUAGGUGUGAAACUGUGAACACAAAAUCAGGUCAUGAACUAAUGAGUUUUGUCUGCAAUUCUUUCAAAGGAGGUGGAAUCAAGCUAUGUCAGAGCUCCGGUUUACAGAGAUGCAUCAAUCCCCUGCCCCUUGAUAUCAUGAGUUACUGACUUGAAUGCUACUGAAUGAAACAUUCAUAAUAUGUGCCCAUGGUGGUGAUGGUUACGAGAAACACUUGCAAACUUCGUUUUGCGAUUUAGACAGCAGAUCUAUCUAGUGGCAGACUGACAUUUAUUGGUUAGCAAAGCUGCCGAUGGCUACUGCCUCCCAAGAAUGCGAUAGUUUCUGUUAAAGGUCCGAGCAAGAUUUGGUUAUUGAAGGAAGAAUCGUGGACAAGAGAGAGGAACAUGAAGAUAGACUUGUGAAACAGUUUAACUUUAUAAGCGAAUGGGCAAGAAGUACUGGUGACAUUGGUCAGAUUUGGCUCUGCUGUUGUGACUUUUUGAUGUACUGAUUGUGCAGCUGUACAUGGCGUGUACCAUUGACUAGUGCCAAGAUGUUGUAGCGUUUCACUUAAUAAUUCUAGGAAAUUACUUUAGUUGAUUCUUUGGUA